CGGGAGGACACGGCGGCUGCACCACCUCAACACAGCUUCAAGGAGAUAAUAACUAGCUGAGGAGGGAAUGCAAACAGGGAUAACUGAGAAGAGGACGAUACCACCCACCCCCUCCCCAGCUCACAUGACUGCGAUUACAGCAGAGGAGGAGUGUGCUGGGACAGAGAGAGGAGGAAAUGAGCACCAUGAAUGACAUUUUUCUGAUGCCGGCGCAAAGAUCACAUCCAAGAACCCAACUUUCCUUUCAUUGCUGCUGGAGGGUCGUCUUCUUUUCUGUGUCGCAGGCAUGAGGGUGCUACACUGGUGCAUGCUGGGAGUGACCCUCCUGCUGCUGUGCUGCGAGGUCGCCAUCAGUCAGGCUUGCCACUCGCUCAUCAUGCUGGUGGAUGGUUUCCACACAUUCUUAAUCCUCAUGCGCAUGGCUCUUAAUCAGGCAGGUGUGAAAAAACCUCCUCCCUCCUCUUCAGACUCCCCUGCGCCUCCUCCACACGCUUCCUCCUCCUCAUCAGCUGCGCAGUCAGAGUCAUCCGUCAAACCUCCACCUGGCACCCAGACCCUCCCAGAUCAGCCUCAGCCUGAACUCUCUCCUCCAGCUCUCGACUGCAGUCUGUCAUACAGUGACUGCAGGAUUCAAUCUUUAGGGACUUUCAUUACCGCUCUCUGCCUGACCACUCUGUGUCUCUCCUACUUUCUGGAAGUUGGCACGAAAUACAUGGCACUGAAACCAACAAAGCAACCCCUGUUGCUUGUAGUGGUCACCGCUGUAAGUCUGGUCCAUAAGAUGUUAAUGCUGUGGCUGAACUGGGAUCAUCAACAGGCCCCGGACACUGAAUCUCAUGUUGAAGUGAACCACAAAGUCUGUGCUGAAGAGGAAGCCAAAGGUGAAGCUGAGCCAGGGCGAGUCCUCAGUGAUGUUAGCCGCACAGUUCAGUCUGCUGUGGAGGCCUCGCUCCACAAUGGGGCACUCGUCCUCUGUAACCCCCGAACCUCCUGCAUCCCUGACACUGACUCCCCAGAACCACAGUCAGGAGGCGACACGCAGGCAGCAGCUCUGCAGGACAGUGGGGAGCAUAGAGCAGAGAAGGAUGAAGAAGUAGUGAGUGUUCAUUCAGAAGACAUCACAGAGAUUUCCAAAGACAAAGCCUGCUUGGGACAUCUUGGCAGUGAAAAAGCAUCGAAUACCUCCCCAGUCUCCAAGGUAUUGCAUCACAUCGGGAGACCUGUGCCAACCAGCCAGUGGAAAGCCUGUCUUUCGUCGUUCGUCUUUGUUGCUGUGGACCUUUGUACCCCCCUUCUGGCCCUGAUCACCAAUGUGGUGGUUCUGCUGAUGGGCCCACAAUGCUUUCAUAGCCAUAAAUCCUGUAGACAUUUAAUUUACCUGGAUCCUGCCCUGACCAUACUGGGGGGGCUUGUGCUGACUGUCGCAGCUCUGCCACAGGUGAAGAGGUACGGAUUGCUGCUGCUACAGGCCACACCUCCACACAUUUGUGUAUCUGAUCUCACACAGAGGAUUGCAAGCAUUCCAGGGGUGCAGAGUGUGCACGACCUCCAUGUCUGGCAGCUAUCUAAAUCUAUUAUUGUGGCCACUGUGCACGUGCACUGCCAUGCCGGCUUUCCAGCACACAGGUGUUCUGAUCUAAUGUCAGCGGUCACAAAGGUGCUGCGGAGUGUAGGAGUGACCAGGAGCACCGUUCAGCCAGAGUUUGCUCCCGACUCUGAGUCCUCUGCAGGCAGUGUGGGUGACGCCUCCCCUGUCCUCCACAGAGAAGACCCCGCCCAGGGAGCGGACCUGGCCUGCAGCCUGGCCUGUGGAAAGGUUUGCACAGGGAGUAUGUGCUGCUCUCCCGUGGAGGAGGAGACCCACGCCCUGCUGGCACCACCCGCUGGGGAAACAAAGGAAGAGCCUCAGACACUGGUUAUCGAGAACACCUUUCUCUGAAUGACAGUAUACACCAAAGACCUGGAGAAAAAUAAAUUAAUGAUCUGGCAUCCAUUUAAUGAUGUAAAAGUAAAGACAGUGGAUGUUAUCCACCUCAAAACACUGCCUGCACAUUAUGUGCAAAUCUUUUGUUAGUUUGAAGACAUUAACAUGGUGCUGCUCCAAAGAUUUUUAUGCAAUAUCAUGUGAACCUCAGUGACAACUGAGGCAGUUUUCUUUUGU